AUGUCGGACUAUGAUCGCACCACUCAGCUUAACCAAGAGAACUCGCCCCUUCUUCGGCUUCCAGCAGAGCUUCGAAACCGCAUCUACAACUUCGCUCUUUAUAGAGGCACUGGCUGCUUUGAUCCCCCGCCCAAAGUGAUCAAGGAUACGGGACGCUCUGGACCUUGGCCCACUAGCAACAACGACAAGAGCGAUCUAGCGCUUCUCUCGACAUGUCGUCAAGUACAAAGCGCGGCCUCAAUCCUCUAUUAUGCGCUCAACACCUUCCGCUUCAAACCCAGUAGCUCAUUGGAUAAUUUUACCAGCACUCUUGCUCCGGCGAAGCUCAACGCAGUCAAGUCUAUCGAUAUUGACGAAGAGCUUGCGGCGGAAAUCGAGAUGCGCGCUGAGCUUUCCGGAAACAACGGCCUACCCUUGAAAUUCGACGUAUCAACAUCGCUGCAAAAUGUGACCAUCUACGCAGGAGAUAUACAACCCAGGUCUCUAGAUCUCAGCGUUAUCGGACUUCAGCUGAGAGAAGCAACCCGUAGACUGGGCUUGGAAGUCAGCGUGGUCAGGCUUGCGAGCUAUCUGGCCUUCACAAGUUUGAAAUUGAUAGAUAUGAUUAGCAGCUCGAUGUAA